CGCGAGAUUUUGUUGCUUCCGCAUUUUGGGUCUGUAAGGUGGGGGAGGGGGGCGAGGCCGCUGCAGUUUCUCUCACCUGCUUGCCACGGCUCGAUCCCGGCUCGGAGCAGCGGCGGCGCGGGCUUCCGCUGUCCGCUGGCUGAGGACCUUCCGCUCCCCCUCGGUCCCGCGUGGGCUCCGAAUCCUGUCCGCGGCAGGGGCCAGCGGCCCCUCCCCUCCCCUCCGAGGAUAGAAGAUGAGCUUCCUCUUUAGCCGCUCUUCUAAAACAUUCAAACCAAAGAAGAAUAUCCCUGAAGGAUCUCAUCAGUAUGAACUCUUAAAACAUGCAGAAGCAACUCUAGGAAGUGGGAAUCUGAGACAAGCUGUUAUGUUGCCAGAGGGAGAGGACCUCAAUGAAUGGAUUGCGGUUAACACUGUGGAUUUCUUCAACCAGAUCAACAUGUUAUAUGGAACUAUCACAGAAUUCUGCACUGAAGCAAGCUGUCCAGUCAUGUCUGCAGGUCCAAGAUAUGAAUAUCAUUGGGCAGAUGGUACUAAUAUUAAAAAGCCAAUCAAAUGUUCUGCACCAAAAUAUAUUGACUAUUUGAUGACUUGGGUUCAGGAUCAACUUGAUGAUGAAACUCUUUUUCCUUCUAAAAUUGGUGUCCCAUUUCCUAAAAACUUUAUGUCUGUGGCAAAGACCAUUCUAAAGCGUCUGUUCAGGGUUUAUGCCCAUAUUUAUCACCAGCACUUUGAUUCUGUGAUGCAGCUGCAGGAGGAGGCCCACCUCAACACCUCCUUUAAGCACUUUAUUUUCUUUGUUCAGGAGUUUAAUCUGAUUGAUAGGCGUGAGUUGGCACCUCUUCAGGAAUUAAUUGAGAAGCUUGGAUCGAAAGACAGAUAAAUUUUUCUUCUAGAACAGUUACCCUCUUGCUUCAUCUACUGCUAGAGCUAUCUCAUUGCUUUCUGUUAUAGACUAGUUAUACAAACUUUAAGAAAACAAGAUAAAAAGACACCUAUUUUCUGUGUCUACUGAUAAAAUUGUCCCAAAGGUAGGUUGGCCUCAUACCUUCAGAGUGAGAAAUUCAGGACAUAGCUGAAUCUGAGGCACUGUGUGACCACUGCUGUUACUGCCAUAGAGCCAUACUUGGUUGUAGAAUGUGAGGACUAACCUGUAGUUUAUUAGUUUACUUAUUCUUUUACUGAAGAAGAUGAUCGACUCUGUAUCAGGUGACAGCAUGAUGGAUAUUAAGAAUUUCCAAUAAUUUAUUAACAGGUUUCCAGAACAAAUUUCCUAAUAAUGCAAUCACAAAUCAGUUUUAUUCUGCUUUUAUUUUACAAAUAGAAGAGGUGUUCUAAAACUUCCUUAAGAUUUAGAACAUUUGUGUCACUUUGGAUAACCUUGUAGUUUGAAGUUUGUAUGCUAGUGUUUUUUUAGGUAAGAUUAUAUAUAUAUAUGUAUAUUUUUUCAAAAUCCGUGAUUGCAGUUUAAAUCAUCAUACGAUAUGUGGUAUGGGAGUAACCAAAGUUAUUUCUAAAAGGACUUUAUUUUUUAGCCUUUAUUUUAAUCUUUAUUUGGGAUUUUAUUCACAUAAACCUAUCUAAAUUUUUAGUGUGUGUGUAUCAAAUAAUUUUUUUAAGGCAUCUAAGGAUCGUCUUGCGGAUUUUUAUUUUGAAAUGCUUCAUUCAGAUUAAUUUUAAUAUGUAGGUUUUGUCUGAGAAAAGGAGAACUUCCAAAAAAUAUGACAGCUUUGGGUCUCAAAAACCAUUAUUUUCAUUCAUGUUUGUUUCAGAGGCCUUAAAAUUUGGAUAGGAGAAUGGAAGAAAGUACUUAGAGUACUUGACUAUUUUAUUUUGAGUUUUCCUUUAAAAAGAAACUACUUUUAUACGUUUUUAUUGUGACUUGAGACUUAGUUUAGUGUAGAAAUGCACGAACCUUAUCCCAAUAAGGAUAAAACGUAAGGAAAACCACAAUAAAAAACCUUGAAGGUGUACACAUUUUAUAACCCAGCUAAAAGUUUGAUGUGCUGCCUGUUCUUUAAUGUGUGUGUGUGUUGGGCGAGGAGGGGUAAUAUGUUUAAAGGAGACAAAAUGGGAUAAGUAAAAAAAAAAAAAAAAAAAAA